CCGCACGAAGACCUGCACGCAUCACUUCCGCUUCCCGUUGCGCGAGCGCGCUCCAGACUUCUAUGGAAGAGUGGGUGGGUGUUUCGCUGAGACAGGUUGUCGGUGGGUGGUGCAAGACGUUGUGUCACCCAUCCUUGGGCUCCACUUGCUGGCCCGGCUUACAGUGACGCGGGCCUAGAGCUGCUCUCGUGAGAGCGGCGUCUGGCCGGGCGGUGGCUGGCAUUUGAGCCCGAGAAAGCAGGAAGCGGCCUUUUGGGAGCCCAGCUGUCUGAGGUAACAGAGAAGCUGCUUCCCUUAGGCGGCCGCUGCGAGGCGGGCGGGCGACGGGAGGCAGUCCUGUUCUCUAGACAGUGGCGUUUCGGUCCCUGUUCUGGAGCUUGACAGACUGGAGCGAGGCCUUCGUGUAGCACCAGAAGCCACGUUCUGUACCAUUUGCGCAAGUUCAGCGGGUGGCAGCGAUGGACGCUCACUCAGACCCUGCCUGCCUGCACCGUGUCCACCGUGAAGCGGUCACAACGUCUACCGCUGCACCCAGAGAAGCUUUCCCGUCUUCAGUGACCAUUUAGCCUCCAGCCAGUGUUGCCACGGAAGGAGGGAUCAGUGCAGCUUCUGGGGGUAGGGAUUAAGCCCACUGGUAGGAUGCUUUGCCCAGCGAAUGAGCGGCCUGCGUCCAGCCCCACAUGUACAAAAAAAAGGAGCAAGUUCUGCUGAUGCAAAAACAGGAAGAGUCCCCUUUGCCUCCAGAGCAGAAAAGACAAAAAGGACUGUGCCAUUUCUCUGAAUAUCUGUGGCAUCCUGGGCAGAAUUUGGUUUAUUUCAAGCAAAGGGAGGCUCACAAAGCUCUACUUAGCCUCAUUUACAGGUCUAAAAGACCCUUGAAGGAAUAUAAAACAGGCAAAAGGAUUACUUUAAUUAUCACGAGCUCCCUUUUGGCAGUGCAGCCCAGCGGUGGAGUGCUUGCAUAAGCGAGUUCUUCAAAGCCCUCUGUUUGAACCCCAGGACAGAAGCGGAAGUAGGGGGACAAGACCAGAAACACCAACUUCCCUUUCUCAUUUAAAACAAAAUUCGACACGAUGUGAUUCUUUUUCUAGGAAGAAGAUAUUUUUAAUUUGUACUCGACCAGUUGGGGUCUCAGUUGUCAAAGGUGGCAGCAGUGAGGUGUCAGACACAGGAGCAAAACUGUUGCUAGAGCAGAAUGGUGAUGGUCCGUCUGAAGGUGGUUGAGCAUUUGGACUCUCAUAUCAGGGCCCUGUGGGAUACUAAGGAACCUGUUACAGAAGGCUCUGGUCAAAAUCCAAAGUCUCCACAGACAGACAGUCUUGAUCCCAAGAGUUCUUGCUGGUACUUCCGGAACUUCCAUUAUCACAAAGCAGCUGGACCUCGUGAGGCUGUCAGCCAACUCCAGGAAUUAUGCAAUCUAUGGCUGAGACCUGAGAUCCACUCAAAAGAGCAAAUCUUGGAACUUCUGGUACUAGAGCAAUUCCUGACCAUCCUGCCAAGGGAGACACAGACUCAGAUGCAGAAGCACCAUCCACAAAGCAUUGAGGAGGCUGUUGCACUGGUAGAACACUUGCAGAGGGAAUCUGGUCAAACGAGGAAUGGGGUUACAGUCCAUGAGCUGGGAAAGGAAACAUUGUUGGAAGGAACAGCAGAGGCCCCAGGUUUCAGGCUUAACCCAACAGAGUCCCAGACAGAGGGCAUAUCCCAGGAUAAAGAAUUUUGGAAUACAUACCAGGGGCGACAAGAACAGCUGAACAAGAGUACACCUAAGGAAACUGAACCUGUAAAUAAGACAGAUGAACCUGCUCAACGGAUUCUAUCCUUUCCUGAGCAGACAACUACCAAAGACUGGACUUCGAUACCUGAACUUACCUUGCCUGAGUCCCAGAGUUUGUUGACAUUUGAAGAAGUGGCUAUGUAUUUUUCCCAGGAAGAAUGGGAGUUACUGGAUACCACUCAGAAGGCUCUCUACAAUGAUGUAAUGCAGGAAAACUAUGAGAAUGUCAUCUCUGUAGCAUUAUUUGGGUUCCCCAAACCUAAAGUGAUCUCCUGUCUUGAACAAGGGGAAGAGCCGUGGGUUCAAGGAUCCUUGGAUUUCAAAGACAGUCCCAGAGAGUUGCCUACAGAGUUAAAGCUAAGAAAUGACACUGAAAAUCAUCAGUCUGUAUCCCUUUCUGCCUCAGAAAUACAUGCACCAAGAGUCAUGGUAUUAAAAAAGGCCAAAGUGAAUGUUCCUCAGCAAACAACAAGCAAAGAAAAUCAUAGUGAUAUGCACAGAAUGGGGAAAUGGCACAGAGAUUUUCUAGUAAAAAAAAGAAAGAAACUUUCAACAUGGAAACAAGAGUUGCUGAAACUUAUGGAUCUUCACAAGAAAGACCGAAUAGGAGAAAAGCCUUUUAAAUGCCAGGAAUGUGGGAAAAGCUUCAGAGUUAGCUCUGACCUUAUUAAGCACCAAAGAAUUCACACUGAAGAGAAACCAUAUAAGUGUCCACAGUGUGAUAAGAGAUUUAGAUGGAGUUCAGAUCUUAAUAAGCACUUAACAACACACCAAGGAAUAAAACCAUAUAAAUGUUCAUGGUGUGGGAAAAGCUUCAGUCAAAAUACAAAUCUUCACACACACCAAAGAACUCACACAGGAGAGAAGCCCUUUACCUGUCAUGAAUGUGGGAAAAAAUUCAGUCAAAACUCUCAUCUUAUUAAACACCGAAGAACCCACACAGGUGAGCAGCCAUACAGCUGUGGUGUAUGCAAGAGAAACUUCAGCAGGCGAUCAAGCCUUCUUAGACAUCAGAAAAUCCACCGAUGAAGGAAAUUAUGUCCAAAGUCCUCAUUCAAAAGAAACUCAGCAAGUAGAGCUUUAUAGUGAAGCUGAAAACAUCCAGAAUUAUGAGGCAUAAAGAAUUUUUCAUCACUGGAAAAUUUGGGGAUGUAAUGUUUCACAGAAAGGAAUCAAGAUUUUAUGUUAGGGGUAUGUUCACUGUACUACUUUAUAUUUUUACUUUUAGCUGUCAGGGAGUUACUUAGCAAGAAAGAUGUUCUAAGACAGUGUGGCAUACUUACAGCACACAUGCUGUAAUGGGCUGUUCGUUUUCUUUGUUGUCCUAAAAGGUUCAUCACUAUUCUAGAAGCAUUCUGAAUAAGGGAAAGACUGUUUUAGGAUUAUAGUUUGAAGAAUAGUAAUUUCAAUUUCAAGUUGUAGAUGCAGCCAAUGAGUGUUUUGUUAGGAGUAAAUAUGAUUGCUUUUGCACUGAUCUUCCCACUUUGGAAUGUACAUAAUAGGAAUAUUUAUAGUCUUCAAGACAAAAAAAUAUGUAUGUUUAAUUGCAAACUAUUAUCUUCAGAAUAUUAGGCUUCCCAAUUUCAGUAAUCUUUGCUGGACAGAGAUGUAUUCUCCUAGAAAGUUUUCCAGCAGCUGAAUUGGGUUUUUUCUUACUUUUCUCUUUGGACACGUGUUUACAAAGUUGGAUAUCAUUUGAGUUCCUUCUUGAACUUUUUAGCAAUUUGAGCUCUUGAAUCCUAUUAACAUAAUUUUUACUGUGAUGAAAAAUUUAUUUUACCACUAGGUAAUCUGCCAAAUGAACUAAUAAUGCACUAUUUUAUGCCACAUUGGUAGUGUUUGGGAAAUGCAGGACAUCUCUAAUGAGAUCAUACAGAAACGGGUUGGAAUUUGUAGCCAUGAUUAUAUAUUAAUGUAAGAAUUUUCUGCAAUAAAAGAAACUAGAUUUUUUUUAAACCUCAAAAUGUCAGUAAGGUGCAGCAGCCAUAAAUUUUAACACUUACCCAAGGCAUGAAAGAAAAUUUAUGAGUGGUUAGGUUCAACUUCCUAUGAUUUUUGUUUACUUUUUAAUUUGGCUUUUGUUUACCAUUAAGGAUGAGAAUUAUAUUUGUAUGAAAACUGCAAUGUGUAUACUGCAGGCAGGAUUCUGUUGUUACUUAGCAUGGAUACUGAGCAUCUAGUCAGGAGAUUGAAUUCUUAAAAGGAAAAGUUUGGGAACUGAUGGUGGAUAUUAAGCAAAGAUAGGCAAAUCAACAUCUGUGUUUUGUCUUAAAAUGAAAACAGCCUGAAUCUAUCUUUUCUGUGUAGGACAGUAUUUUUUUUUUUUUUUUGUCUUUCUCCUUUUUAUCGGUACUGGGGAUUGAACUCAUGACUGCCUGCUUGCAAGGCAGGCGCUUAUGCCGCUGAGCUAAAUCCCCAGCCCCUAGGACAGUAUUUAUAGCAAUCUUGGGUGAUAAAUUUGUGAAGAUUGCUGAUAGUCUGUAAUAUAUGGGUUUUCUUACAAUUCAGCUGUUCAGCUACAGUGACUCGGGCAUUUUACAAUUUGGGAUUUGGGGUAUACUAGGAGAGAGAUUAAAGAAAUUAUUUCUCCCAAGUCAUUUGUAAAUGAAGUUGAGGCUUAGAGAGUUUCGUGGACAUCCCCAGGCUCCAUUACUAGCGGACCCAUUAGCUAUCGCAUGGUUUCAUCUGUCAGGUAUAAAGGCAGGAUUAGUGGGACCAGUUUGUUUUGUUAUGCCUGUAUAACCAGAAUGAAUAACGUUGUGUUGUAUCUAAUUCUAGCUUUAAAAUAUUCUUGUUUCUUGAUUGGUUCCUAUUUUUCCUGAAAGUCUUCAUUUCCUUUAUAAAAUAGAGAUAAUCUUCAACUUGGUUUUAUUCUGGGGAUUUGAUGGACUACUGAAAGUGGAGCACCUAAAACAGUCUGCUUCAUAGUAGAUGCAUACUCUAUAUGUGUGCUUUCCCUUUUCCUUUCUUCUCAGUGAUAAAUUGGGUGAGUUGACUGCAAUAGAAAACCAAAUGUGUAUGUAGUUAUUACAGUUCCAGUCCAGAGUUGAGCACUUGUGGUGGUUAUGCUGCACUGACUUGAUCCUUGGUUUUGAUGCUUUAUAGUGUUUGUCACAGAAACCCCCUCAACUAGUGGUCUGAAAUGCUCAACAAUUGUAUUUGAUAAACUAUAUGGAAUAUUUUUUUAAGCCUAGCUAAUACAGGUACAUGUAGCAGACUCUCAGCUGUAGAUCUUUGUAUUCUAUCUCUUCUCAUAGGACAUAAAUAGAUUUCUUCCUGACACUAUCUUCACUCAAUUAAUAGGAGGUUCUAUUGUGUUUCCGCCACUGUACUAGACUGUAGCCACAGCAAAUAAGAGAGACAGAAACACAUUCUUUAACAGUUGAUGUCCUAGGGAACAGAAGAAAAGAGCUAAAAAGGAAAAUAGUUGUUUUCCUUGCUGUUUGCAGUAAGACUGGGUCAUGAGAUAGUUUUUGUUAGUGGGCUGUAAGUAGAAGCCUCUCUUUUGGGCUGAAGAUGUAUAGUGCAAGGCUCCUUUCCUGUCUCAUUCGUGGAAACAUACAGAGUAGCCAUGAUGUAAACAGUUGGGAUUGUUGAGUCCCCACUUAAAGGGCAUCUGUUGCAGAGUCCCCAGACCUAUAAUGGACUUUAUGGGAAUGAGAAAUAAAUGCUAUAUCAAAUCAUGGAGACCCUGGCACUGUGUGUUUCUGGACUAUUUCUUCUUUUUUUUUUUUUUCUGAGACAGAGUCUCGUUAUGCAGUUCAGGCUGGCCUUGAGCUCACUUUGUAGCCCAGGUUAGUCUCGAACUCCCAGCGAUCCUCCUGCCUCAGCCUCCCAAGUGCUGGGAUUGCAGGUGUGAGCCACCAUGCCACACCUGGCCCCUUUUUUUUUUUUUUAUUGGUACCAGGGAUCGAACUCGCGACCACCUGCUUGCAAGGCAGGUACUUAUGCCGCUGAGCUAAAUCCCCAGCCCCUGGACUAUUUCAGUAGCUUAGAUGAGGCCAGCUGAAGGUGGCUACAGUUCUGGAGCUUAGGAAAUUUUUCUUUUUCAUUCCACCUGGGCUUUGGCUCUCAGCUGAGAUCUGGCUUCACCUGGGCACUUGACUGAACUGGAAACACUUAGGAGCUCACAAGCCUGGGUCCCUUGUUUUGCUGUAUCCCAGUAUGUCAUAUGCAGGCAUUUUUAUUGAGGUUUGGGUGAGGGAGGGUAAGUGAUGCUUUCCAUUCCUCAGUGCAGAUUUUGUAACUGCCUCUGUCAUGCCUUCUGUGAGUCAUGCCUUGCAAAACAUCAAGGCAUAGGGCAAAAGCAAAUUUAUCUGGUUUGGCUAAGAGAGGAAAGAGGCUGCUCUACCUGAGCUAAAAGGUGACAUCUGGGGAAAAGUUUAGGCAGGCAAACAGGAGUAGGACAGUUUUAGUACCCAAGUGAGACACCUCAUUAGGGAAGUCCUGACUUAGGCAGUGAGUAACUUUACAUUCUUACAAUGUCAUUUGCAUGGAAUUUGGAAGAAGAAAUUUCCAAAACUCUGUUACAGGAAUAAGAAAAAAAAUUACUAAAAACAAAAUAGAAAAAAAAAAACCCUCUAAACAACCUCUAGUACAAACCAGAAGGUUGCUUUGUUGUAGCUUGUUUAGAUGAUAGCAGUCUUACAGUGACUCCAGUGUAAUUUCUAAGAAGUUUAUUACUGUCCCAAUCUAGACUGCCCUGCUGUUGUACUGGUCAAAGUGACCAACAGACUUGGUCUAUUCCAGAUCUACACCUAGGAUUUUCUUGCCAUGAAACAGACUUUGGAACCUCAAGCUGAUCAUGAGAAACUCAGAAAUCUUUUAACUAAAUUGGAAGAACAAGAGAACUUAGAAUCAAAUCUAAACUAAAACUACUAGGGGUUUUUUUGUUGUUUUGUUUUGUCUUAUUGAGUUAGGGUUUCACUAUGCAGUUCAGGCCGGGCCUUGAACUCACAGUGAUCCUCCUGCAUCAGCCUCCUGAGUGCUGGGAUUACAGGUAUACACCUCCAUGCCUAGCUCUCCUAGAGUUUCCAUCAGCUAUUGGAAUAAAUGAGAAUAGUAUUUAAUUUCCCUGGAGAGUUUGAGAGUACAAAUGCCAAACAUCCUUUAUAUCCAGAUGGAUAGUUGGUAUAACAAAACAUUGAACUCAGGGGCUGGGGAUUUAGCUCAGUGGCAUAAGCACCUGCCUUGCAAGCAGGUGGUCAUGAGUUUAAUCCCUGGUAUCAAUUUUUUAAAAAAAUCCCAUACAAAACACUGAACUCCAUAAAAGAUUUUCCAAACAUGCAUUGAGUCACUCUGCUAAUGUUUAUUGAACUCCUGUUCUUCCAGUCAGUUCUUACUUGUGUAAUGAAUUAGGCUGCCUCCAUGAUUCUUUUGGGGACUUCCUAGUGCAUAGAGUGUAUUAAUUGCUGAAGCUUUCCCAGUGUGAACCAGGUUCUUUCCCUUUGAAGUGGGAAGUGUUGAACAUUGCCCCUACCAUUUUUCUAGGUUUUUUUGUUUUUCCCCUCAGUAAGAUUCCAUAAAUACUGCUAUAGUUUGGAUCUUGACUAUCCCCCAAAGACCCAUGUGUUACUAAAGGCUUGCUUCUCAACUUGGUGCUAUUUGGGAGGUUUGGGGGCUGUUGGGGAUAUAUCCUUGGAGAGUGUAAUAGAACUCCAACAACUUCCUCUUAUUCUUUGGCCAUAAUGAAAGCAACUUUGCCCCACCCUGUGCCCCCACCAUGAUGUGUUACCUAACCACAGGCUGGGAUUUAGCUUAGUGGCAUAAGUGCCUACCUGGCAAGCACGAGGUCAUGAGUUCGAUCCCCAUUACUGCAAAAAAAAAAAAAAAAAAAAAAAAAAAAAAAAAAAAAAAGACGCAGUCAGACAGUCAUGGACUAGAACCUUUCUCUUUAUAAAUUGAUUAUCUCAGGUAUUUGUUAUAAUAAUAGCUAACAGAUACAUAAACCAUAUUUUUGUCAACUGAAACUUUUCUACAUUUGUGACCUUUUUGGAAAUGAAGUAGGCUGUUAUCCAAAAAGUCACACAAUUUAUCAUUUAGAGUCUGCCUAAUAAAACAGUACUCAAAAAAAAUCCAGUACUCCAGAAUGCUUUUUAGAAUUGUUUCCAUUUGAGGAUCAGAGAAUUUAAAAAUGUAAUAAUCACAGACACAACUUCAUACAGUGAUACAGAUAACACUGUAUGCAAGAAGCACUGUGACUUUUGAGAGACAAUCUCACCGUGUACUUAAAACUGUCUUUUACUCACUAGAUAAUCCAGAGUACCCUUGAACUCACUAUGUAGCCCUGGAUAGCCUUGAGCUCGCAGUGAAUCUCAUGUCUCAGCCUCCUUAGUGCUUGGAUUACAGGCAUGCAUUACCAUACCCAGCUUUGUCAUGACUUUUGCGAGUAUUUCUUUGUGACUAUUCCUUAGAAAAGGACCCAACUUUAGAAGUAUACAGCUCAAAGAGAAACCCUGAGGGAUCUUCUUGCCCUAGAAGUAGACUGGGGUUUUGAGCUUUGCUAGGAAGUGCAUAUCCAGCUUCUUAUCCAGGCUGCCAGCUGCAUCAACUAUCAAACCAUUCACUCCUUCUUACAUCUUUAGGUCCCAUCAGUUUCUGCUUGUAUUGUUUAACCAGCUGGCUGAAGUGAGCUUCUGUCUUACUUCUCUAAGUUUUUUCCCCUAGGAAGUGGCUUGGAAGACAACUGCUGUUUUCUUACAUCACUUUGUCUGGGGUUUGGUUUCUUCACUUUGCCUUUGGCUCAUAACCUAACUUUGGGCCCUCAGAAGGGAUCUCCAGGACCUUUCUGCGAGCUUUACCUGCUGUACUUCAGCCUUGGUCUGGAACAUUGUCCAUGAGGUGGAGGCCACCUUUCCCUUCUGUGCUGGGGGUGGGAGGGGGGACUUGCUUUGAUCCUGUGUGUGGUUUUGAGCUGACUUCUGUUGCUUUUCUUUCCCAGGUGCUUUCUGCUCCUUUUAAGGGUCACCAGUUGGCAGGCUUUAAUUUCAUUUUUUUGCAGGCUACACCGGCUCCUUAGUUCCUUUGUUUUAAGUUUCUCUUUGCUCUUCCAAAGAAUUUCACUGUUGGCCUCUUCAGAGACCCAAAGAUUUUCUGAAUUAUUGUUGACGUGGUGGAGAGUUCUCAGGGCAUGCUUGUGCUCCUGGAACUCAACAAAGGUGUCGCCCAGGGCCUGGCCUUCCCUAUUCUCAUGGACUCUUAAAAGGUCUCAGUCUUCCUUGCCUGAAGAGCAUAGGUAGAGCAACAGAGCUGUGAUCCCUCCAGCUAUAUAGGCAGGCCAUCUGUCCCAGUGGGAAGGAACUUGGGCAGAGGCAGCUCCACUCCCUCCCAGUGAACUUCCAUCCCACAUUGCCAGAACUCCACCCACACACCCCUCCUUAGCUGUUGAUAGUCUUCUUGGGUGUAGGUAGAAGUUCUCCAUAGACCCUGAACAAAAGGAAAAUCUGUGCCAUAAUCAAGGCCUUUCACUAUCACUGAGCUACAUCCCCAGCUCUUUUUAAAAGUUUUGAUUUUGAAAUAAUGGUCUUGCAAAGUUGCUCAGGCUUCCCUCAAACUUGUAAUCCCUCAGCCUCCAAUGCCCGAUUAGCUGGAAUUACAGGUAUGUGCUACUAUACCCAGCCACAUUGAUCACUUUAUACUUUUUCAUAGGUUUGCUAGGACACUGAAGCAUCUAAGAAACUUGGUACUAUAUAUGUGUAGGUUACCUUCAUGGAUGAAUCCUCUUAUGGGCCAUGUUAUAGGAGCAGUACUGAAAUACUUUCUGUGGUCAUGCAUCUAUAAGUAUUCUGCCCUGUAUGAUUCAUCAAACUUCUGCGAAUUAUCAAAUAUAGCCCCCCCCCCGUUUAUCUCUAUGAAAAGCAUUUAGCUCUUGCAUUGAGUUUCAGAUUUAGGAAAAUCAGAAUUAUUUAUUUUAACCAUAGUUUGAAUGAUGAAUCUUACAUUGCACCAGUCUCAUCACUAUUACAAAAGAAGUAAGCCUCAAUGUUUGGAUACAGUGCUCCUUUAAGAAAAAACAGAAGAAUUGGCCAUGGUGGAAUUCAGGCAGUUGCAGAAGAAGGCAACUGGCCUUGCCCUCUUGGUAAGCGCCUCCCUCAGGUGGGCGUGGGCGAGCCAGGAGGAGAUCCAGUGGGCAGUUCCUGUGAGCCUGUCUUCCCAGGCUGGAAAUCAAACAUCCCAACCCCUCCCCCCUGUUAGCAAUUGGGGACAGAGGUCUAAACAUGACUCGAGAGGAUGACCAUAUGCAAUAUAGCAACUAUAAGGGAUUUCUUUCCAUCUUCUGUUUGAAGGCAAAUGUUUUUUUCAGUUUUGUUUCAUCACGAUUAAUUGUAUUACAUUAGUCAAUAUUCUCUUUCGAAUGAUUUUAUAAUGUUCUGUUUUUUAUUUGAUUUAACUAUACCUAACUGACUGGACAACUGUUGUGAAGAUAACAAGACACACUAUGAUACCUAUUACUGUUAUCCCGGUAUCCUGCUGUGAAGUUCUGUACCAAGUUCACUGCAUUGUCUCGAUUGGCUUUGUGUUGUCUUGUUCUGUUGUAUUUUUGCUACCUUCAAAAUAAAAAAAAAAAAACAGUAAGGAAAUUGCCAUUGUUUUUUUAACACUAAUAAAAACAGUAUUUCCAGCA